AUGGCUGAAUGGGUACCUGUUCUUAAAGAAACUGCUCUAGCUAAUAAUAGUUGUUAUGGAGCUGGUAUUGCUAAUGGUGAAGAUGGUGAAUUAUUUGUAGCAUCAGAUGUAGAUCAUGAAGGAUUACAUUGGGAUAGUGUAUAUAAAGAAGGAUAUGAAUAUGAGACUAUGGAUGAUGCAGGAAAUCCAUUAAAGGUAAAAGUGGAUGAGAAAUUUACAAUUCGUGAGGUAUUUGAGAAGAAAAUGUCAAGUGAAGGUAUAUUUCUGGGUGGUGAAAAGUAUACUUUUGCUUCAUAUGAUCCGGAUAUGGAAAGUGGUUCAUUCAAAUUCGAGUGUGUAUGUGGAGCCAAAAAUAAAGGAGGAUGUCAUCUUAUUAAAACACCUGGUAACUAUAUUGUCGUUGUAGUUUAUGAUGAAACAAGAGGACAAGAUAAAACCGUUUCCAGAAUGGCCGCAUUCAAUCUUGCUGAAUAUCUCGCCUCUAAUGGUUAUUAA